AUGGGCAACUGGACAGUGACGCGGGGCAUGAAGCUGUAUUAUAACUAUUCGCUGCUAAAAGAUUUUACCCAUAUCAGACACUAUCGAGUUGCCACGGUCAUAGAAGCAGACAUAGCACUGGCUCCACUUUCGGUAACGGCUGAGCGAGAGAGCUUCAUCGACUUCACAUUCCCCUACUACGACCUGGUCGGCAUAACGAUCCUGAUGAAGAAGCCGGAAAGCAACGACUCUCUGUUCAAGUUCAUGACCGUACUCGAACUUCCUGUAUGGGGAUGCAUCGUUGGCGCGUACUUCUUCACCAGUUUCCUCCUGUGGGUGUUCGAUCGCUUCAGUCCGUACAGUUAUCGCAACAACAAGGAGAAGUACAAAGAUGAUUCAGAGAAGCGUGAGUUCACCUUCAAGGAGUGUCUGUGGUUUUGCAUGAACUCGCUCACGCCUCAAGGCGGUGGCGAAGCUCCGAAGAACAUCAGUGGACGAAUCGUGGCCGCAACGUGGUGGCUGUUCGGUUUCAUCAUCAUCGCUUCGUACACGGCCAACCUCGCCGCCUUCCUGACCGUUUCCCGUCUCGAGACGCCGAUCUCGUCGAUCGACGAGUUGGCAAAGCAGUACAAGAUCAAGUACGCGCCUUCGAAGGGCUCCGCCGCAGAGAGCUACUUCCGAAGAAUGGCCGAAAUCGAAAACAAGCUUUUCGAGUACGUGCUGUUUGCAGGUGAUUCACCUAGUUUAGCAUAA